CCGGUCCGCGAGAGAGAAAUUUGCGCACGUACACGGGCCGCCAGCCCUUCUGUCCUUGCACCACACUAUCCUUCUAAGUUAGGGAAGCGACAAUCAAAGAUUGGAUACAAUUACUCUAACAUAUAGAAAGAUCCGAUCUAGUACGCAAAUCCUCGAUAGGGCGUGUGCUUAGCCCCGCCCUCUUUUGGCGAAGUGACUAGUUCUGAGCCUUCCGGCGACCAGUCAUGGGCAAAGUGUUUGGCGAAGCGACUGAGUAGGACUCUUCCCGCGACCCGUCCUCCGGGAAGGCGAGCGCGGAAGACUUGACUGAGCGCCGCUAUGGAGCCGGACGGGACCUACGAGCCGGGCUUCGUGGGGAUUCGCUUCUGCCAGGAAUGUAACAACAUGCUUUACCCCAAGGAGGACAAGGAGAAUCGCAUUCUGCUGUACGCGUGCCGGAAUUGUGAUUACCAGCAGGAAGCUGACAACAGCUGUAUCUAUGUCAACAAAAUCACACAUGAAGUGGAUGAACUGACUCAGAUCAUCGCUGACGUGUCCCAGGACCCCACGUUGCCGCGGACCGAGGACCACCCCUGCCAAAAGUGCGGCCACAAGGAGGCGGUGUUUUUCCAGUCGCACAGUGCCCGGGCCGAGGAUGCCAUGCGCUUGUACUACGUGUGCACAGCACCACAUUGUGGCCACCGCUGGACCGAGUGAAUUCCCUUCCCCAUAUGUAAUAAAGAUUUAUGUUCUGUGA